AGACUCUUGAAAGCUACAAGAAUAAACAGCCCUCCAAAAAAAAAAGAAGAGAGAAAUCGAACAUACCAAUAUGGCCCAUGCAGAGAAUACGUCCCAGAACAUGUGCUGUUGCGUUUGGGGAGAACGUAUGCUGGGCUCACAGAUGCCGCUAAGUAGAAAGUUAAAUAAUGAUGAUUCAACAUAUGCCGAUGAUAGCGAUGAACUUGGAUUGUUCUCGGAAUUUAUAAUUUCGGGCAGCGAGAAACAAGAGCUAGUUAUCUCGUAUCUCUUGAACUUUGAGAAAGAUAACCUGAAUCGCAAAUAUGCGCACGUAGUCCCCAACAUGGGAAUACACAAUGUGGCAUUGAGCCCGAACAACUCGACUAUAUCCGCCGUCUCAUUGGAUGGUAUUCUCACCUUACUGGAUGUGGUGAAUGGAGUGAAGAUUGCUAAUGUGUCGCAUAACUUUGUAUCGAAUAUUUGGUCGACUGCUUUUGGCAAAGACGACAACUGCGUGUUCGCUGGCUCAGCUAUGAUACGAAGCAGUGUGGAACACUAA